AUGGCGACGGGCGGCGGCGGAGCCGGGGCCGAGGCCGGUACCGGUCCCGGUGCCGGUGCCGGUCCCGCUGCGAGCAGACCCGGCGGGCGGCGGGCACCGGGGCUGAUUUGGGCUGAAACCAAGAGGCUGAACAAGGCGACAGAUGCGGUGGAGAAAAGGGGACCGUACAUCAUGAGCAAGCCUCCCUCCAUUCACACCAAGCUCCAGAGGCAGCGCGAGAUGGCGAAGGCAGCGCUGCGAAGGCAGGGGCUGCUGGGGGGACCCGCGCCACACCAGCUGAAGCCGGCGGCUAAAAGGUCGGUGAAGUUUAACAAGGGCUACACAGCGCUCAGCCAGACGGCGGAUGAAAACCUGGUCUCCCUCGAUUCGGACAGUGACGGGGAGCUGGGAUCCAGAUGUUCCUCAGGAUAUUCCUCAGCUGAGCAGGUGAACCAGGACCUGAGUCGGCAGCUGCUGCAGGACGGGUACCACCUUGACGAGGUCCCUGACGAUGAAGAUCUGGAUCUCAUCCCCCCAAAACCCAUCACCUCCUCUUCUUGCCCCUGUUGUUUCGGAGAAAAUCUCUCCUGUGUGAUCCAGUAGACGCUGCUUGGCCGGGGCCGUGCAAAAACAGGUCAAAACCCAGCA